UCGACGCCCCUGCGCUCACGUGGCGGAAGGGAAGUCUGAUGAGCGGAGAUCGCCGCGGCGUACUGAGUAAGGCGGCCUGUUUCUUGAUGACCCACUGCCACCACCGCCACCCCACUCACCGCGCCUUCCUCCCCUCCAUCGCCGUCCCCGUCCGCUGCGCCGCCGGCUCGGCCACUCCCCCCGCCGCAGUCGUCAUGUCCGACACUGCCGCGUUGCAGCAGAAGCGCGCCCUCCGGUCCCGGAUCCGGAAAGCGCUCAAGGAAUUCUCAAACGCUCAGCGAGCCCAAGAAGAUGUGGAAAUUCAAAAUUUUGUGCUCAAUUCAUCUUGGUUCAAAUCUUGCAAAGGAUUAUGUGCUUAUAUAAGUUGCAAGUCACUACGGGAAGUUGAUACAUCAAGAAUCAUAGCAGACGUACUGAAGAACUCAGAACAUGGCUUGCAGGUAAUGAAAAAACUCUAUGUUCCAAGGGUGGAGGAUAAGAAUAGCCAUAUGAGGAUGCUCAGAAUCUCAACUAUUGAGGACUUAGUAGAAAAUUCAAUGAAUAUAUUGGAACCAUCUCCUGUCGAUUCUGAUCAGAGUGAACGUGAAGAUGUUCUGCUGGCAAGUCAACCAGUUGACCUAUUACUUUUACCUGGACUUGCAUUUGAUAGGCAUGGAAGACGUCUAGGUCGUGGUGGAGGCUACUAUGAUGUCUUCCUGCGGAAAUAUGAGGAGCUUGCCAAUCAGCAAAACUGGAAACAGCCACUGCGAGUCGCACUUGCAUACACGGUGCAAAUUGUGGAGGAUGAGUUGAUACCAAUGACCGAGACAGAUGUUCCAGUCGAUGCUCUUGUUUCAUCAAAUGGUGUGUUUCCGAUCAGCCCUGCUGCUUUGGAGAGGAUGUAGCAUGAUUGCUCAAGUCUGCUCAUUCUAUUUUGCUUCCGUAGUGUUCGGAAUCGAAUGCUUUUCUUUAAAGCUAUUAUUUCCUUGUGCUGUUGUCUGCGAGAGCCAAGUACUUGUAAUCAACACAAAAUCCAAAGGCAUUGCAGUCUGUGGGUCAGUCACUCAGCUCGUGAUCUGGCACCAUUUGGUCAUCAACUUCAUGUCGCACUCUUCAAUCAUGCCUUCUCCUUUGCACUGCACGAGUUUGUCCAUUAGUUGUUGCAUUAAGUUUCAUUCGUACUCUAUUAUUAAUGCAUCUUUAUGGCCUUGUCACUGAGAAAGCCAUGUUCUUGAA